ACAUCACACUCGCAUUAUCUCUAUUUUUUGUAACGCGGCUUUUGAAUUGAACGAUCACCGCACUAUAUUUAUUUCAGCUCGUUAUGUGGCGUAAAGCAAGCGCUAAUGAAAUCGGCUAUUUGCGUAAAGCAUCCACAAUGCUCCAUCUAUCUACAUCCGCCUGGGCGACAGGUACAGUUUUAUUCCAUCGAUAUUGUGCAUUUGUCAGCACAAACAAAGAGCCACACCCCGACCCGCUUCCCACGCAUAUCAGCAUAAUGCUCUGCCUAUAUCUAGCCACAAAAGUGACCGAGGAGCCACGCAAACAGCGAGACAUAAUCAACGUUGGGUACAAGUUAGCGCACCCGGACUCCACAUUUCUACCGAUUAGCAGUAGCACACUGAGCGCGCUGCGCGUAACGCUGACGCAGGGCGAAUUAAUUCUCAUGCGAGCACUCGGAUUUAACCUCACUGUGGAUUUGCCCCACGCGUGGAUAGCCAGCACGUUGUAUGGAAUGCUGUGGUGGGAGCGCAAUGGACAGCCGCCGGACGACACUGAGAUGGUGGAUGUUAGAGCCAAGAGGGUGGCGGGCACUGCGUGGGCUGUGGCUAAUGCGGUUGUUGAGCGCGGGUUGGUCGAUAGGGAGCCGGCGAGACUGAUAGCAGCAGCUUGUAUUUACAUUGCGAUGGACAAUCAUGGAGAGAAGCUGCCAGCCAAGAGCCUUGACGAAUGGGCCGACAUCUGGGCAAAGACUACAGGCAGGCGCAUAGAAGCCGUGCGAGCGCUGAUUGAGCAAUCUGUAGAUGUGCCGCUUGUCAUCGAGCAAUUUAACAUUCAGAAUAACCGAAAACCACAUUCAUUGGCAGAAAAAUAAUGCGCAGCAGUCUCGGAAAAUAAAAAUGGAGGCUGCAAAUUAAAUAUUGAAUUGUCAUCUUUUUGAUUUUG